AUGACUUCCUUCGUGAUUCCCGAGGGGGGACUCUGUCUCCAGAGGGCUGAGAAACCCGGGGAACCGCCUACGGAUUCUUCCACUCCAAAAUCUAGCCAGAUAAUGCGGCUGAAUUUGGCGCAGUCUACCCUCGAUGAACUCGUCCAGAGUCUGCGUAGCGAUCAAAAAGCUCGUAUCCGUCUGGGAAAACACCAAUCGCUACACUACGGCAACAAAUCACAGACAAUUUUCUCCUCGCCAGAAACCCACCCGUCCGAAGUCUACUCUAUUUCGUCAAAAGAAAAUGCUUAUUUCACCGGUGUGCUCAGUCAUAAACUUGAGGUAGAGAAAGCUCGUGAAGCAACUGCUGCCACCGAUGAGGCACUGGCAAAUCUUGAGCAGAGGCUGAGUGCCUUUGAGAAAGGAAAGGAGUCGAAGAAAACCCCAUUGAUUACUACGAUUGACCAGAUGAGAGCUCUUGGUGCUGGAGAUAAUCGCAGUGCAACUGGAAAAGCAGCUGCUUCCCUAGCCCGAAAGCCAGUAAGCAAGAUAGAUGUCGAGAAAGAACGCUUUUUCCAGAAUGCCGCCAAUCGAUCCACACCCGUCAGCCCAGGCCUCCUUGCGGCACGUUCCCCAGCUUCUGUUUCUACGCUCACUCCCACAACUGCCCCACUGCCCCAGAACAAGGAUAAAAUUCGGCUUGAAGCUCUCCGUGUUCCUCUUACCCAUCUCCUUGCUAUCCGAGCAGUUUCUGUCAGAUUCUUGGCCCAGAAAACCCGUGCCUCACAGGAGGACUGUUUGGCUCUCGUACAGAAAUACGGUGUUGAGAACCGGCUAGAUCGAGAAAAGCAUGGUUUAAAAGACAAGGCAUACAAGGAUCUUGAUGUUUGGAAUUUUCCAUAUCCUUCCCAGAACGAACGUCAAGAAGCAAUUGAGAAUGCCAUCUCAGCCUUUGAUCGAAUGCGCAUCUCACGAACAGAUAAACUGUGGCAGAUGCUACUCCCAAAAGCUGAGAGGGGAAAGGGUAAAGUCUUGUCUCGAUUGAACCUACAUACUGGCCCGAUUGCCAUAGCUACGACCCCACGGAUCCAGGUUCAAGCUUCUGAAGACAUGUCAAAGGAUGGGGACGGAACGGGCAAUGAGUCAGAACGGACCAACGGUGCUGUUACUCCUAACCAGCAAAAUGGUGCUAAUUCUGCACAGGAAGGAACUGAGCAAAGGAGGAAGUCGACUGAAAAGACUGGCCAGACGAAACGUACAACCACCAAAGCAAAAAAUACCACAUUGACGGGGAGAGUGACGAAAAAGACCGACAAAAAGAGGGAUAAGAAAACCCCAGCAAAACUAGAUGCCAAGUACAAAUCUGCAGAAUUUGUCCGUGACUCAGAUGAAGAUACAGAUAUGGUUGAUUCACCGCCAUUGGGCUCGUCCGCAACUACCACUACAGAGGUUCGAGAGAAACAAAGUCAAAACAAGGCUAACAGAACAUCCGUUAAGAGCACUCCGGCCUCUACGUCUACAUCAAAACAAGCAGAACCAGAAAAGCCAGCCAAAGUGAAAUCGCAGUCCGUGAAAACGAAUCCCUCUACUACAGCAGCUAGUCGCGUUGCCAGAAACAGUUCUCCACAAAAACCUUCUCCACUCGGGUCAUCACCUCCUACGAAUGCAUCCGAUCUAGAAAACGGUGGGCAAUCCGCGAACACCGCACAAUCUUCCAGUUCCUCCUCACCGCUUAUGAUCCAGCAUUCCAGAGCUAAAGCUUCCUCCACCCUUUCGGGGACCCAAAUACCAAGUAUUGUCAAUGGUGAUAGUGAUAAGAAACCUGAUCAAAACUCCUUCAAGCGCAAAGCAGAGACUGAUUCACCAGCACCCGGCCGCACAAACCAUGAGCCAAAUGGGAUACGACACCAAAAGUCUCGUCGGCUUCCCACUCCAAUAACGAAUGGUCGUUCAAUGGAACCGAAACGGCGUCGCCUCUCCAGUCCAUCAAGCGGCAGCACUACAGGUAGUGCCUCCCCGCCUCUUAGCCUUGAGAUACUUCGCCAGCGGUUACGCGACAAAGCACAACAAUUUAAACGGUAUUAUGCCAAGUAUCGACUUCUACAUGAGGAAAUGACUAGUCAUCCAGACCCUCCUGCGAGCCAGAUUGAAAAGCUGGAACGACAGCACGAGCGAUUACAGAAGAUGAAAGAGGAGAUUUGGGAAGAGGAUCGGCGUUUGAAAAUGGGCUAA